AUGCUCCUUUCAAGUACAGCAAACUCUGCCAUUCCAUGUUUAAGGUUCAACAACGAGAAAUGCAAUAAUGAGACAUGCUCCUUCUCACAUAGUCCAGAUUCUUUCUCCCUCAGCUCGGGGGGACCAAAUGUCUGCCUUCUGUUCCUCACAGACCGCUGCAUUGGAGAUACUUGUCGGUACUCUCACCGUUUGGAGCACCUCGAUUGGACGCCCGACGAAGUUCAGAUGGCCGUCAAAGACCACCUUUUGGUGAUCGAUAUGUACCUUCAAGGACUUCAGAGAUUUGAAAGCUCUGCUGCUCCGGGGGUACCAUUGGUACAAGCCUCUAUGAAUACGUCUCAACAUGUCGCACCCCCCUUGCCAGGCUCGGUCGAAGAGGUGUGGCCAACGCCCCCCAGAUCUAACUCUCACGAGGACGAAUGUGGGACUGGUGCAAACAAUCUAGAAUUAGGAGAUACAGAAGAAGCGAAUCAUGAUUAUCUAAUGUCAACGGUAGCUCAUUCUGAUUCCUCAAGGCCAACUCCGCCGGUUCAGACGUUGAACCCAAGGGCUCCAAGCUUUGUGCCGUCUUUCGUAGUCGGCCAGGGUGAGAUUCCGUCUGAAAAGGCUCCAGAACAGGCCUUGAACCCUUACAGCAGUGGCUAUGCUCAUGGGUACAUACCAGUCACCUCGCCUGAGACGGAGGAGGAACACCUAGAGGGAACAACCCAUCCAGAUCACCAAGGAUAUACCGAGACUCCGGAAAAUGCUCCCGUUGAGGAGUUGCGCGCAGAUGAUCAAGCCGACACGGUACAACACGGUGCCACAGAGGCAGACAUCAAUGGAUGGGUGCCUCGUGGACCGUCUAACGUUGGGUGGGACGAUCCACCAAUCGCAUCAAUUGCUACUGGAGAUGGUACACAAGAGCCAUGGAGGAUGAACUUCCAUGGACAAUGGGAUGCGAACCCACCGGUCGAUGCCUGGCAGAACCCAGCAGCCAUCUCGGGUUCAGCCGAGCCUCAGGCUCCAACAAUGCACACCCAGCCUGACAAGAAAGGCAAGAAAUACGACCGUCAAUCUCGUAACUCCCAGAGCAAGCUGCAAAGCAAAGCAAAGACCCAACUACCACCCAGUAAUAGAACAAAUGCCAAGACUCAGCAUUUGGGCUUCAGGAAAGCUCGCAAAGAUAGAACGUCUCUUCAAAAGUCUCUCCUUUCUUCGCCAUUCAGUACAGUGCAUACGGAAACUCCUCCACCACCUGUAGAAAAACCACCUCACCUAACAGAAGAGCAAAGGGAUCUAAACUUGUACAGGAAAUACCAACUUCCAGACAUUCCCGGAUGUGUCAAGCCAUCUGUAGAAAAGGAAUUGGAGAUUAUUGCUGCCAACGCUGCAGCUUCACGAGCCAAUAGCUCCAGUAAUACGCCCAAACACUCGCCAGGGGGGUUUGGACACGACCUCAGCACGGUUUGGUAA